AUGUUUGUAAUUGCAAGUGGAGUGAGAGCAAGAGUUCUAGAAAAAAUAGUUAAUAUUAAGUUAGUUAUAGAUAGAAUUUGGUUCCAACUACCUUCCAAUUUGUAUAUGCAAUAUGACUAUAAAGUCACUGAAAUUCUUAUUUUAUAUAAUAAAAAAAACCUCCUGAUAGAACUUAAGAAUGAUGAGAAUAAAGGUACCUUUGAUAAAUUUGAAUUUGAAGAUGAAUUAUUAGAAGAAGUAGAAGAAUAG